ACGUAAAGGCGCGUAAUUGGUUGCGCAGCGGAGUUUCAGUUAAAUGCCUCUCCAGCUGGAAUGACUUCCCCCCCUCCAGCACUGAGCUCUCUCAUCCCGUAACACUGAAAGCCGAGAGCAAACUUUUAACAACUCCUCUGUAACUUGACCUUCUUUUUUUCUUGUAGUUUUGAUCAUGUUUUCUUCGCUGCUGCUGUGCGUAAUUGUCGCUGUCGCGUCCGUGCCGGGAGACGCGCAGAUCUCCGGUCGGUAUGUUGUCGGAUGUCCCUCUCGCUGCGACAAAACAAUGUGUCCGCGGCUCCCGGCGACCUGCCUGUCCGGACAAGCCCUGGAUGCGUGCAACUGCUGCCCGGUGUGCGCGUCCGGGGAGGGCGAGGCGUGCAGCAGCGGCGGCGGGAAGCUCGGGGACCCGGUGUGCGCGGAGGGGCUGGAGUGCUCCGUCUCCGGCGGGGUGGGAUACUCCGCCACCGUGAGGAGGAGAGGCAAGAGCGGGAUCUGCGUGUGCAAAGCCACCGAGCCGGUGUGCGGAAGCGACGGGGUGUCCUACCGGAACAUCUGCGAGCUGAAGCGGGUCAGCCGCCGUGCGCAAAAGCUGCAGCAGCCACCUGUUCUCUUCAUUCAGCGCGGAGCCUGCGGGCAAGCGCAGGACAACCCAGACAGCCCGAGGCACAAAUACAACUUCAUCGCCGACGUGGUGGAGAAAAUUGCCCCGUCUGUAGUUCACAUUGAACUUUUCCGCAAGAUGACCUAUUCCAAGCGGGAGGUGGCGGUUGCCAGCGGCUCUGGGUUUGUCGUGUCGGAGGACGGCCAGAUCGUGACCAACGCGCACGUGGUGGCCAACAAACACAGAGUGAAAGUGGAGCUGAAGAGCGGCGCCUCGUACGACGCCAAGAUCAAAGACGUGGACGAGAAGUCGGACAUCGCCCUCAUCAAGAUCGAAGCGCCGACCAAGCUUCCGGUGCUGCUGCUGGGCCGUUCGUCAGACCUGAGGCCGGGGGAGUUUGUGGUUGCGAUCGGCAGCCCGUUCUCCCUGCAGAACACCGUCACCACGGGGAUCGUCAGCACCACCCAGCGAGGCGGCAGAGAGCUGGGCCUGCGCAACUCUGACAUGGACUACAUUCAGACCGACGCCAUCAUCAACUACGGGAACUCAGGAGGACCAUUAGUCAAUCUGGACGGGGAAGUGAUUGGGAUCAACACAUUGAAGGUGACAGCUGGCAUCUCUUUCGCCAUUCCCUCAGACAAGAUCCGAGAGUUUCUGGCCGAGUCAUACGACAGGCAGUCCAGAGGGAGAACGGACGCAAAGAAGAAAUAUAUUGGUGUGAGGAUGAUGACUCUCACUCCAGCGCUGGCCAAAGAGCUGAAGACUCGACACCGUGACUUUCCUGACAUCACCUCGGGAGCUUAUGUUAUGGAGGUCAUUGCAAAGACACCAGCUGCAACCGGCGGGCUCAAAGAGCACGACGUCAUCAUCUCCAUCAACGGCCAGAGGAUUUCAUCGGCGACCGAUGUCAGCGCCGCCAUCAAGAGAGAUGACUCCUUGAGAGUAGUUGUGCGCCGCGGCAAUGAGGAUGCCAUCCUCACCGUCGUUCCCGUGGUGAUUGACCCUUGACCCCCGGUAAAUCACACAGCCCAGGAGCUGGA